AACCAGCUGCAGGUAAAGGUGAAUGUUUUAAUGAGAGAGGGCCGGACAGCCAAUCAGAGCAGAGAGUGUUAGGUCUCCAUAGUAACGGCGGAUGGUUUGGUGUCGCUUCCUGUUUGUUGUUUGCAGCUGAAGGUAAAAACAUCAGUCGGGAUGGCGGGGACGUCGAGACACGACCGAGAGAUGGCGACGAAGGCCAAGCGUCAGCUGUCGGACUGCUCGGACCCGGUGGAGAGACUCAGACUGCAGUGUCUGGCCAGAGGCUCGUCCGGGAUCAAAGGUCUGGGCAGAACCUUCAAGAUAAUGGACGAUGACAACAACCGCACCCUGGACCUGAAGGAGUUUCUGAAGGGUCUGAACGACUACGGGAUCCUGAUCGAGAAACAAGAGGCCACGGCUCUCUUUCAGAUGUUCGACCGCGACGGCAGCGGGACCAUCGACUUCGACGAGUUUCUCAUCACUCUGAGGCCGCAGAUGUCAGCUGCCAGGAAGGAGGUGGUGAUGCAGGCGUUCCGGAAGCUGGAUAAGACCGGGGACGGCGUGAUCACCAUUGCAGACCUGCGCGGGGUUUAUAACGCCAAGUACCACCCCAAGUAUCAGAACGGGGAGUGGACAGAGGAUCAGGUCUUCAGGACGUUCCUGGACAGCUUUGACUCUCCGUAUGACAAAGAUGGAAAGGUGACCAAAGAGGAGUUUCUCAACUACUACAGUGGAGUCAGCGCCUCCAUCGACAGCGAUGUCUACUUUAUUCUAAUGAUGAAAAACGCCUGGAAGCUCUGAAUGCAAUCGAAGCACAUGAACUCCAAACUAUCAGUAACUGUGUGGAAGGAGCCCCACGUGGCCUUUCAACACUCAGGACGCAUUAAUAAUUAAUUACCUUUUUGUUAGGUUUAUAAGAUCCAGCUGUUUGUGCUUUUACAAGUUAGUCAUUUCUAUAAAUGAAUGUAGUUUAGAGAGGGGCUCUGAUCAUUUAGCUGAUUCUCCUGAUGUACACGUAAACAUGAUGUAAUGACAACAGUUCUGUCUCUUUUAUUGUACGUUGAUAUGCAACAGGCUUUAUUUAAAUAAAAAACAUUGGUCGUCGUAA